AUGGCGCAGCGUUGCGUCGUUGCCGUCUUCUACACGCUUCAAACUGCGGGGCAGCCUUUCCGGUGGCCUCGCGCGUGGUGGCGUUGCCGACGAUGUUUUCGACCUCGAGGUGACCUCGCCGACCCCAGAAGAAGAGAAGGUGUUCGAAGGGAACCCCUAUCUUCAGGGCUGUGGCCUCCUCCGUCUUCCUCCUGUCCCGGCCGCGGCUUUCGACCGCCUCUGUCGCCAGCAGCUGGCCGUGUCAGCGCACCGAGGACCUGCGGUCCGGAUGGUGUCUGGCGUCUUCUGGGCCCCCACGUCUGGCGGGGGAGAUACUAUACCUACAGGAUACGAGCCUACCAUCCCACCACGGGCAACAUCGAGACAAUGGAGACCCCCGAUCCCUAUUCCCACGCCUGCUCCGCGGACGCGGGCCGCUCCUUGAUCUGCCAUUUGCCGCCCUGGGAGCUGGGCCCGGAAGAGGUUCCGCAGCUGGACCACCGAGCGGACGCGGUGAUUUACGAGCUGCACGUCCGCGACUUCAGCGCCAGGGAUCCGACGGUGGAGCCAGCCCUCCGAGGAAAGUACCUCGCAUUUGAACAGGAGGGCACCAGCGGAGAUCUCCAUUUGCGCCGCCUCGCCGAUGCUGGCCUUACGCACGUGCAUCUGCUGCCCACCUACGACUUCGGCUCGGUUCCCGAGCGCGUGGCCGACCGCAGCGAGCCGCGGGUGAACGAACACGCUGCACCCGACUCCGAGGAGCAGCAGGCCGCGGUGAUGAGCGUGGCCGACCGCGAUUCCUUCAACUGGGGCUACGACCCUGUGCUGUACGGCGUACCGGAGGGUUCCUAUGCCACGAACCCAGAUGGCCUGGCGCGGGUUGAGGAGCAUCGGCGGAUGGUUGCAGCUCUACACCGGAAGGGACUGCGUGUGGUGGCCGACGUGGUCUUCAACCAUGUCUUGGCAAGCGGGCCCGAAUCCAGCCGCAGCGUUCUGGACAAGUGUGUGCCGGGCUACUACCUGCGCCGCAGCGAAGACGGGCGCGUUGAGCACUCCACUUGCAUGAACAACACGGCCACAGAGAGGUACAUGAUGGAACGCCUGGUGGUCGACAUGGUCCGGCGCUGGGCCGUGGAGCAUCGGGUGGAUGGAUUCCGCUUCGACCUAAUGGGUCAUGUGGCGCUGCAGUGCAUGAAGCGCUGCCGCGCCACCUUAGAUAGCCUGACCCUGGCAGAACAUGGCAUCGACGGGGAGAGGUUGCUUCUCUAUGGCGAAGGCUGGGAGUUCGGCGAAGUGGCCGGUGGGGCGCGGGGCCCCACCGGCUGCCAGCGCUUCCUGGCCGGUACGGGCAUCGCCUCCUUCAACGACCACCUCAGGGACGCCAUCCUCGGAGGGAGCCCGUUCGAGGACCCUCGCCUGCAAGGCUUCGCCACAGGCCAAGGGCUUCGACCCUUCCCUGAAGACCAGGGCCUCGACCAAGGCUCUCCGCAGGAGCAGAUGAAGAAACUGAAGGUGGCAGCCGACACCAUUCGUGUCUGCUUAGCUUCCGGACUACGAGCCUUCGUCCUGGAGGAGGAUUGCUUCGGUCGCCGGCAUGUGCCUGCCAGUGAGGUGCAUGGCGGGCGCGCCGCCUACGUCGUGUCACCCGCGGAGGUCGUCAACUUCAUCUGCGUACAUGACAAUGAGACGCUGUACGACAGCACAGUCUGGAAGCUGUCGCCUUGGAUUGCCACGCCAUGCGAACGCAUACGUUCGAACUGGCUCUGCACGGCCUUCUUGGCCUUGGGUCACGGAGUGCCCCUGUUUCAUGCAG